AUGGCUAACGCGCCGGUCGAUACAUCUCCCGAUCGAACGUUUAAAAAGCGAAAGAUUUCAGAGAACUCCGAACCAGAGCUCGAAAUCGAUGUUAGCCUACCGGAACCGCCAUCGAAAAAAGACCUCCGAAAACUGAAGAAGCUGAAGUCGAAGGGUGUUGACACCGAUGCUCUUGAAUCUCUCAAUGUUCCUCUGAUUGAUCGAUCUAAGAAGGGUGCUCAGGAAGGCGAGGCUCCCGCCAAUGGCGCGAACUCGAAACGAAGCCCAUAUGGUGUUUGGAUUGGAAAUCUUACUUUCAAUACGACUCGGGAGGAAUUGAUUGACUUCUUUACUCGUGGAUCGAAAGAGAAUGAUAACGACGACGACAGUAAAAAAGAGAGGGAGGCUUCCGAAGUGAUAGGAACAGGUAUCAGGCAGAAGGAUAUCACCCGGCUUAACAUCCCAAGAUCUACCAAAUUCAAAAACCAGAAUAAGGGCUUCGCAUACGUCGACUUUUUGACAGCUGGGUGUAUUUCGCAUGCCCUCAAACUUUCUGAGAAGCUUUUCAACGGCAGAAAGGUGCUUAUAAAAGCAUCCACGGAUUUCAAUGGUCGGCCGGAAGAAGAUAAAAACAAGAAGAAGGGAGAACAGGGCUCUAUCAACUCUGGGACAAACCCACCCUGCCGUAGUAUCUUUGUUGGGAAUCUCAGGUAUGAAGUUACGGAGCAAGAGAUAUUUAGACACUUUAGUCCCGCUGGAAAGAUAAAGAAGGUGCGAUUUAUGACAUUCGAGGACUCUGGAAAGUGUAAGGGGUUCUCCUGGGUUGAUUUUGAGGAACUUAAGAGUGCGGAGAAUGUCUUUUCGGGGAAGAUAGAGGGUGCUGAGGACAGUGGAGAUGAGAAAGAAGAGGAUGACAACAAGGACGAUUCGGAGAGUGGAAGUGAGAGUGAUAGUGAGGAGCAACCAAAAAAGAAGAGGAAGACUACGAAGAAACAAAAGAAACAAAAGACCAAUCCUUAUGCUUUCAUGGGGAACCGAAGGCUCAGGCUAGAAUACGGAGAGGAUUCAACGACAAGAUAUAAAAAGAGAUUUGGCGACGGAAAAGCGGAUACCGACGGAAAGUCAGAAAAGCCAAACUCGUCGCACAAGAAGACAUCAAAGGAUGCACCGGUUAGAAAAGAGACUAGCAGGGAACCGAAGAGACCGCUAACGACCGAGGAGAAGCAGGCCAAGACUGUGGAAUCUAGACUCACCGGUAGAAUCGUAGAGGGUACGGGGAAAAGGAUUACAUUUGAUUGA